GUGGGCGGGCAUGUGUGCGGGGCAUAUUUAUGGUGCGGGCGCGUUUCCGUGGGCUCGUGCAUCGCGAAGUACGGCGAGGGUAAAAACGCAGUAUGUCGAAGGAGGGCCAACCACGAGAGCCGGAGCAACUCCGGAAGCUCUUCAUCGGGGGUCUCAGCUUCGAGACCACGGACGACAGUCUGCGAUCGUAUUUUGAGCAAUGGGGCACUUUAACUGAUUGUGUGGUGAUGAAAGAUCCGAACUCCAAACGGUCCAGGGGCUUUGGGUUCGUUACAUAUUCCAGCGUGGAGGAGGUUGAUGCAGCCAUGAAUGCACGUCCUCACAAAGUGGACGGUAGACUGGUGGAGCCUAAACGAGCUGUAUCUAGAGAGGAUUCCAACAAACCAUUUGCUCACAUGACUGUGAAAAAAAUCUUUGUCGGUGGCAUCAAAGAAGAUACGGAAGAAUCACAUCUUCGUGAAUACUUUGAGCAGUUUGGGAAAAUGGAGGCUAUUGAAAUAAUGGUGGACCAUAAGACUGGAAACAAAAGGGGCUUUGCUUUUGUCACGUUUGAUGACCAUGAUGCAGUGGAUCGUAUUGUCAUUCAAAAAUAUCACACACUAAAUGGCCAUAACUGUGAAGUGCGGAAAGCCCUUUCCAAACAAGAGAUGCAAAACUCAUCAAUGAACAUGAGGGGGCGUGGCAGUGGGAGCUUCGGUGGUAGAUAUGGCGGCAGCAGUUACAAUGAUUACGGAGGCAGCAGAGAAGGUUACUUUGGUAGUCGAGGGGGCCGCGGUGGUGGUGGUGGUGGUGGAGGAGGAGGAUAUGGAGGUGGUGAUGGCUACAACAACGGAUUUGGAGGAGAUGGAGGCUAUGGCAGCGGCCAUGGAUACAGUGGCAACCGAGGGUAUGGCGGUGGCCAAGGCUAUGGCAACCAUGGCGGCGGAGGAUACGGGGGCGGCGGUGGCGGAGGCAACGGCUACGACAGCUACAACGGCAACGGGAGCUUUGGAGGUGGUAACUUUGGAGGCGGCGGCGGCGGUGGAGGCGGUGGUGGUGGUGGCAGCAGCAGCGGUGGCAGCUACAACGACUUUGGCAACUAUAACAACCAGCAGUCAAAUUAUGGCCCCAUGAAGGGAAACUUUGGUGGAGCAGGCAGCAGGAACAGUGGCCCCUAUGGUGUAGGAUAUGGAGGUAAUUCAGGAGGAGGUGGAGGAUAUGGCGGAGGCUCAAGCGGAGGCAGACGAUUUUAAGUCUUUUUUUUAAAGGACUCAGUACUUAGGAGAGGAGGCAGGAGAGCGAGAGGGCUCACAGGGCAGCUGCAGGUUUACUCCCUAGAAUCUGCUCAGCCAAUCAGAAGAGAUGUACAGUAGCGCUAUCAUGAGUGGGACUUCGACUUUUUUUUCUGUGCCGUCAUGCCGGCUUUUUAAUAUUUCUAUUUUCUUUAUGGAACGCAUUCCAAAAAAAAACGUUUUUAUGUAGAAUUACUUUCAGUCAGCACUCUGUGUAACUCCAAUCAAGUUGAAAUAAAGCAUCUUCCAGUGUUUGUGUUUUUAAGAGCUGUGCUGUCUUUAGUCUCUGGGGAUUGCUGGGGUUUGAGUUGUGUAGUCAGGCCUAGAGAGGGAUUGCUGGGUAUUCCUCGGGAGUAUUUGGAAUAUUCCUGAGGUCGAUCUUGUCACCUGACUGGAACUCCAGGAUGCGAUUUGUUUGUGGUUGUAACAGUGACACGUUUUAAAGAGAAUGGCUUAUAACCAACAAGCCAAAUAAUUACAAGCAAGCCAUUGAACCCUCUGUAGAACAGCGCUAUAGGCUGUCUGUUGGUUAGACUGUGAAAUUAAGGUUAGCUUACGUGACUGCCAUGGAAUCAAACUGAGGGAGGAGUAGCAAGAUCAUCGCCAUAAGAAGAAACAGGGAGCAUUUGAGUACAGGUCGUCUCUGAAAGACUAGCAGGCAGCAACAAAAAGGCUUUAUUGCCUCCUGUAGGUAAGAACAGACAUCUCCACUACUGUUGGACUCAACUCAUUUUAUUUAUUGUAGAUGCAGUACAGUAUUCUGAACUUUGUAUUCAGUGUCAAUUAACAGGGAAGUAACUGCAGAGCGAUGAUGUAUGUGAUGAACUGGCACAAACUGCUUAUAAUACAACUGAAGUUUGUGUCCCUUCAAAUUAAUGCAUGCGCUUUUAGCAUAUAUACAUAUAGCUUUUGUGAUGUGUCAUGACCUAACUUGUUAAGUCUGGUCUUCUGCGUUUCUCCUAGGAAUUUGAUGCCAUGCAUCUUGGAUCCAGGAUGGACCAUUGCCUGUCAUUACAGGCUCUUUGAUGGACCAAGGAGCUGAUGGAAAUUUUAGUGCCUUUAAAAAAACUAAAAAAACCAUUUUUUUACCCAUGUUUUGUUAAUAAAGGUUUUAAUAUGAAA